CUGUGAAUACCAGAGGUGGAUCCAGCGUGAGCGACUCUGGGCUGUGUGUGGAGGCAGGAGGUGACCUCCUUGUGCUGUGAUUUCAACCUAGCAGAUUUAUGAGCAGGCAGGGCUGGGCCAACACCGGUGUUGGCUUUCCCCAGAUAAAAACACGUGUUUUGGCCUCUCUGCCAAAGCCCUCAGGGGGAGAUGUUUAUUUGAACUCAGCACCAAACCUUUCCCUUUUGUAAGGGAUGUUCUGAAGUAUUGCCCAAGAGCAUUCACAGAAACUCAUGCCCAUUUGCACUGCUGCUGUCACGCUGGGAUGCUCCAGGCUGGUCCAUGCUGCCUCAAAGUGCUUCCAGCGGCUGCUGGGGCUGGCACAGGAGGGAGGCGAGCAGGGACUCAGGCAGGAGAAGGGGCCUUCCCCAUCCUGUGCUCAUCGGAGGUGCCUGUGCUUGUCCCUGGCAGUUCUGUGGGACCUGGGUGUGGAUCCUCGUCGCUGCGACCUCCGUCUCCUUCCCGCUGCUGCAGGGAUGGGUGAUGUACGUGUCCCUCACCUCCUCCCUCAUCUCCCUGGUGCUGCUCUUGAGCUACCUCUUUGGCUUACACAGAAACAGCGAGAACUGGAGAGUGCUGGACAGCCUGUACCACGGUGCCACAGCCAUUCUGUACAUGAGUGCUGCUGUCCUGCAAGCCAACGCGACCGUCCGCUCUGAGUCUGGCCCCAACUUGCCCCUUUACUACCAUCUCAACAGUGCUGCAUCGUUAUUCGCCUUCAUCACGACCUUCCUGUACAUCCUCCACGCCUUCAGCAUCUACUACCAGUGAGCCCGGCAGCACCAGCUCCACCUCCGCAGGAUGAGGGCUCCUUCCCAGCGCGAGGGACGCAGCCGUUGUCCACCAAGGUGUCCCUGUCACCCCCUGUGGGACAGCCGUUACCUUCUCACUUCAUGGAAGGAGGGAUUUGUGUACAGCAGUGUCACGUUGGUGUGCUCGUGGGGACAUUCCAUGCCUUGCCCAUGGGCUGUGCCAGGCAGCAGGCUCCGAGCCAGCCUCCCGCUCCAACCUUCUGCCAAAUAGAGACAACCAAGGAAAGGAAAAAGAAAAUCACUGUUCCUUCAGCAAACAGUGUCUUUUCUUAUAUUAUUUUCCUGUCUCUGGUGCAGUUAGAUCACUCCCCAAAACAUAAAUCCAUCACAUAAUAUUGUGUUCCUUGACACCUGGUAAUUUCAUUUGGCAUAUGCAGUACUUGGAAUAAAGUGUCUACCACCAGUGUCUGACCAAAGAGAUUUUGACCA